UGUUUCUCAGAAUUUAAUAAGCUAAUAAGAAUAAUGGGAGCUACGGCUAUUUUUGUUUUUGUAUUGGCAAUGACUGCCCAAUCAAUAUAUUCUCAUGUGGGAUUGUCUCGUGAAGGUGUAAUUGAACGAGACAAAAAUCCUGAGCACACAUCAAACAUCGAAGUUGAUAUUAAUAAAGAAAACUCAGCAAAGGAAUCACCUGUGAGAAGUUAUAAUCUUUACGAUGGUUUAUCAAGCUUUGGUUUUGGACAAAGUAAAAAAGCCCAGCAACAAUCAAAAGUUGAAGUAAAACUCAAUGAAGAAAGCCAUCCCGCCAAACAAUGUAGUGUUAAUUGUUAUUGUGGCCCCAACUCUUGUAGUUGUAGUUGCAGCGGAGACUGCUGUCGCAGCUGCUGUGACACCUGCGGUUGCUGCUGCCAUGGCACAGUAAAUUACACUGACAUGCAAAUUAAACUCUAAAUUUCUAAUGACUUGUAAACCAAUCACAGUUUUCGAUGGCUGGAAGUCUGAUAAACUUUUUUGAUUUUCAGACUAAUUUGACAUAGGCUAACUCAUUUGGAUUUUAAUAUUUUUUUUGGCAACAGCAGAAAAAAUGAAGUAAUAUUUAAAGACACUGAAGUUAA